UAAAAACAAAAAUAUAGUUAAUGCACGUGUAUUACUUAUUGCCGUAUGUCAGUAUUUGCCGAUUUAAUUUUUUUUUUAUUUUUUUAUUUAGCCGUUUAUUGUGUUUUGUUGAAUUUAAGUUAACUGUGUGUGACGCAUGACUGAAUUAUAACGAUGGACGCUUUGAUACCAGCAUCAGACUUUACAUUAAUAGAUACACACGGAUUCAAGAAAAAUAAAAAGGUUAAACGUGUUCUACCAGACUGGCUCGCCAAACCUACUAUUGUAUCGGUUGAUUUAAAACACCUAGAAGUACCGAUUGACGGCAUUCCAGAGUUGGACCCAGCUUUAGUUCAAAAAUUAAAAAAUAAAGGAUGCACACAUUUUUUCCCAGUUCAAAAUCAACUAGUACCAUGGAUAAUUAAGACACAAAAACAUUGGGACUAUAGAUGGCUCCGAGAUGUGUGUAUUUCAGCACCGACUGGCAGUGGAAAAACUCUCUCUUAUGUUCUUCCUAUUAUUCAGACAUUAAAAACAUUCUCUAGACAUCAACUCCGUGCUCUCAUUGUAUUACCAACCAAAGACUUGGCUGUCCAAGUAUUCAAAGUGUUUUUAUAUUAUAUAAAAAAUGCAUUCAAUUUGAGGGUGCUUCUUUUAGAAUCCAAAAAUAUGACUUUAGAAAAAGAAAAAGAAAGGAUCUUGAAAUAUGAUAGCAGUGUUGGAUGGAUAGACCUUGUAGAUAUCAUAGUGACUACUCCAGGAAGACUAGUUGAUCAUUUAUAUUACACUGAAGGAUUUUCUCUAAAAAACCUCAGGUUUCUUGUUUUGGAUGAAGCUGACAGUUUUACCAAUAUUUUGCAAAAUGAGUGGCUAUGUAAAGUUAACGAUAGCUUAGCAUACAAUGGACCUACAAUAUGUACGUUAAAUACCUUAAUCAAGUCGCCACAAAGAACACAGAGAUUAUUAUUUUCAGCAACACUCACUCAAGAUCCUGAAAAAUUAAAGUUUCUUAAACUCUUUGAACCUAAAUUAUUUACAUCAAUUAUAAAAAGGAAAAAUACACAAAUGUCUACAGAUACAACAGUCACAGACGAACCAGUACGAGGUGACUUUGUAGGAAAAUACACAACACCCAAUGAACUCAAAGAAUACAUGGUGUUGUGUCCAGAAGAAAAUAAACCUUUAACACUAUAUCAUUUGAUAAGAAGUAAAGGUUUGAAACGGGUUAUUUGUUUUGUCAAAUCAAAAAUAGAAGUGCAUCGUUUAACUCGACUUUUAUGCAAACUCAGUGAAUUUGAUGAAAAUAAUUCACCAUUAAGAGUUAAUGAAAUUUCUUCUGACGUAUCUCAAAAAGCUCAUUCUGGUUAUAUUAAACAAUUUUCAGACGGAAAAAUUGAUAUAUUAAUUUGCACAGAUUCAUUAGCUCGAGGCAUAGAUAUUGAACGAAUAUCUUGUGUCAUUUUAUACAAUGUACCAAAAUAUCCAAAAAACUAUAUUCAUAGAAUUGGUAGAACAGCGCGUGCUGGCCAUAAAGGGAAAGCUAUUACAUUUGUCACUCCAGAACAUAAAGAACUGUUUGAAAACGUUUUAAGUUCUGCGGGUAAAACUAGUCUGAAAAAUAUGAAAGUUAAAAUUUCUGACUUGGAACAAUAUGAACAAAUGUAUAUAGAUGCAUUAAAAGCUGUGAAAACUGAGUCGACUCAAAAACCAAAAACUGUUAGCAAAAGAAGAUUGAGGAAGAAGAACAAACAACCUAAAAAGUAAUCUCUACACACGUUUUAUUCUUUUAUUUUAUUAUUUACAAAUAAUAUUAAUGAAUAUAAUUAUUUUACCAACAGUU